AUGCCGAGGUUGUGCGCAGCGCUGAAUUGCAAGAACCGUUCCCUAAAAAAUGACAAUCUUCUGCAGAAGUGGUUGAAAGUUUGUCCCGACAACUUUACUCCUGCUCCCCAUCGUGUCCUUUGCUCACGGCACUUCGAGCUCCAGUGCUUUAAGGAUGAGUUGUAUGUGAAAGCAAGACUGAAGGAAGAUGCAGCACCCACCGUUUGCUCUGUCAAGUGCGGUCUCCACGUUAAGGCCGUAAUGUGCGAUGGACUGGGUGCAAACGUCACCAUGGCAGAGCUGCUGGGCUGCCAUGUUCACGAAAUCAGCUAUGAAGACACAAAGACGACGUUCGAGCACCCGACUCGACCCACCGAGAAGGUGCAUUUCAUUUUCGAUGCCUCGCACGCCCUCAAGCUUCUCCAUAACCUGCUUGGAGACAAGAAGGUGCUGCACUCAGCUGCCUAUGCGAUCCAGUGGCACUUCAUUAAGCAGUUGCACCAGCUGCAAAUGUUUGAAGGCCUCCGCGCUGCCAACAAGCUCACACAGGCCCACAUCGAAUUCUGUCGACAGAGGAUGAAGGUCAAGCUGGCUGCUCAAACCCUCAGCAGUUCCGUCGCCAAGGCCCUUCUGUUUGCCAAACAGCUUGGGCUCCCAGAGUUCAGCAACUGCGAGGUAACAUGCAAGUUCAUUCAGGACACUGAUAGGUGUUUUGAACUGCCGAGCUCACGGAGUCCUGUGGCCCGCACCUACAAGCGUCCCUUCAACCAGGCGAACAUCCAGGGGAGUAGCCAGAUGAUCAAGGGGGUCGGCCAGAACCUCAUGCAGCUGGAGCUAUCCAGCGCCAACCUGCAGUGA